AUGGGGCUCCUCCUAUUCUUCAGAGCAGGCAGAGAGGCUAUAGACCCCCCUUAUCCUAGGGACUCGAGUCUUCGGCUCAAAAAGCGCUGUUGGGUUUUUGGUAUUGAUACGCUUGGUGAUGAUGAGGGGCAAGAGGCACCUCAAGAAGGCCUGCCACCAGAGUUGUACGAGGUAGUUGCACAGGAGUAUGCGAGCCGGCACUUUGCAAUCUCACCAGCGGACGCACACCCGUACGCCUGCACCGUGUGCGAUGCAACUUUCUCCCAGGCACAACACUUGCAGGUGCAUCAGCGGACACACACAGGCGAGCGCCCGUAUGCCUGCACCGAGUGCAAGGACGAUUUUGCACAGAGCACCCACCUACGUACACAUACAUAUUACUAUCACACCACCGAGGGCAAGCAGAAGCGCAAGCGCGAGGAGGUACGGAUCGCGAAGCUCCUCGAGGGGUCCAGCAUCGACUUCAAGCGGGAGCAUUAUGUCAACUUUGGCUGUCUGCAAGGCACGUUCGCUCGCGCGGACUUUGUCAUCAUCCAGAAUGGCAAGGUUGUCGUGCUGGAGGUCGACGAGUACCAGCACGAAUCCUAUGGGGUGGCAUGCGACGUUGCUCGGAUGGCCAAGAUCUAUGAGGCCUGGCUGCUCGAAGGGAAUGGUCUGCCGGUGCGAUUCCUUCGCUACAACCCAAACGCGUACCACGUGGAUGGCAAGAAGCAGAAAGUCAAGAGGGCCGCCCGGGAGGAACGCCUUCUCGAAGCCAUUCGAGAGGCAUCAGAAGCGGACGGGGACGGCAUGCAAGUGCGCUAUAUGUACUAUGACGUGGUCUCCGGCAAGCCUGCAAUCAUGCAGGAUCCAGCAUUCACCAUCAGUGACUGCUGUGUAGAGGCAAUAUACUAG